AUGACACUUUCUAUUGAGGAAGAGUUGCUUUCUCUUGAACAAUUUACAUCCAAUGUUAGGGUUCUUGCUAUUGAUCAUGAUAUCAAUAUUCUCAAUACUAUUGAGAAAAUGUGCUCUCAAUUCGAUUAUCCAGUUAAGACAUGCACCAAAGUUUCUGAAGCCUUAAAUCUUUUGAACAAAAAAAAAGAUUAUUUUGAUGUGGUAGUGAUUGAAGCUCAAAUGCCCGACACGGAUUCUUAUGAUUUUUUGAAACAUGUUAUACAACAAUUUAAUAUCCCUGUCAUUAUGAUGUGUGCUAAUGAUUCAAGAAGUGUUGUGAUGAAGGCUGUUAUAAACGGGGCUUGUGAUUCUUGGAUCAAACCAUUGAGUGAGGAUCAAAUCAAGUUCAUAUGGAAACAUGUUGCAAUGAAAGUUUUUAAUGAAACAAAAAAGCUAGAAAUUAAUGAAAAAUUAGGGGUUGAAGUAAAGAAAGAAUUAGAGAAAGAUGAUUCAAAAUUGCCAUUAAUUGGUGCAACAAGAGAAAGAGAGGUCGAAAAUAGUGACACAAAAGAGAGUGUUGUUGAAGAGGGCAAAGAUAAACAUGAAUCUCCACCUAAGAAAGCACGAGUUAUAUGGUCACGAGAAUUGCAUAAAAAAUUUGUCAAUGCUCUAAUGGAUCUUAACAUUGAUAAUGCAGUACCAAGAAAAAUUCUAGAAAAGAUGAAAGUGCCUGAAUUGACAAGAGAGCAAGUUGCUAGUCAUCUACAGAUGCUUGUUGCAUGA